AAGUGCAAGGCUCUGGAUGGAUAGUCUGGACCCUGAAACACUAUAUGUGUCUCCAGAUCAGACUGGACAAAGCCCCGACCCCCUUCCUACUGUGGAGGUUCCCAGCUUGGCCUUGGGGGUGGGAAAAAGAUGAAUGGGUCUCUGGAUCACCCGGACCAACCAGAUGUGGACGCCAUCAAGAUGUUUGUGGGCCAGAUCCCACGGUCCUGGUCUGAGGAUCAGCUUCGGCUGUUUGAACCUUUUGGAGCCGUCUAUGAGAUUAAUGUUCUCCGAGAUCGAAGUCAGAAUCCACCACAGAGCAAAGGCUGUUGUUUUAUAACUUAUUACACUCGCAAAUCAGCCUUGGAGGCACAGAACGCUCUGCACAACAUGAAGAUUCUGCCAGGGAUGCACCAUCCGAUCCAGAUGAAACCUGCUGACAGUGAAAAAAAUACAGCAGUUGAAGACAGAAAGCUGUUCAUUGGAAUGAUCUCCAAGAAGUGUAACGAGAACGACAUUCGCCUGAUGUUUUCACCGUAUGGACAGAUAGAGGAGUGUCGGAUACUCAGAGGCCCCGACGGACUCAGUCGUGGAUGUGCGUUUGUGACGUUCACUGCUCGACAGAUGGCCCAGUCAGCGAUCAAGUCUAUGCACCAGUCCCAGACCAUGGAGGGCUGUUCUUCACCCAUUGUGGUGAAAUUUGCAGACACUCAGAAAGACAAGGAGCAGAAACGCAUGGCUCAACAGUUACAACAGCAGAUGCAGCAGCUCAGCGCUGCGUCUAUGUGGGGAAACCUGACGGGGUUCAACAGUCUGGGGCCACAGUAUUUAGCACUUUACUUACAGUUGCUGCAGCAGUCAGCCUCCACAGGAAAUGCACUCAACAACCUGCACCCCAUAUCAGGUCUUAAUGCCAUGCAGAAUCUGGCCGCUUUAGCAGCAGCAGCGACCGCCACACAGGCCACGCCCACAGGCUCCAGUGCCAUGACGACAUCAAGCAGCCCAUUAAGUGCACUAACAAGCUCAGGCUCCUCCCCCACCUCCAGCACCUCCUCCUCCGUCAACCCCAUGACGUCCCUGGGGGCUCUGCAGUCUCUGGCUGCUGGUGCUGGAGCCGGCCUUAAUGGCUCCCUGGCAGGAAUGGCUGCGCUGAAUGGAAACCUGAGCUCAGGAGGUUUGUCCAACGGCUCCGGUAGCACCAUGGAGGCUCUGAGCCAGGCGUUCGGCAUCCAGCAGUACGCCGCCGCCGCCCUGCCCAGCCUCUACAACCAGAGCCUGUUGUCCCAGCAGAGCAUCUCCGCCGCCGGCAGCCAGAAGGAAGGUCCAGAAGGUGCCAACCUGUUCAUUUACCACCUGCCCCAGGAGUUUGGAGACCAGGACCUGCUCCAGAUGUUCAUGCCCUUUGGAAACGUCAUCUCAGCUAAGGUCUUCAUCGACAAACAACACCUCAGCAAGUGUUUCGGCUUUGUGAGUUACGACAACCCGGUGUCGUCGCAGGCGGCCAUCCAGUCGAUGAACGGCUUCCAGAUCGGCAUGAAGAGGCUGAAGGUGCAGCUGAAGCGUUCAAAGAAUGACAGCAAGCCCUACUGAAGGUGCUGGGGCACUGCAGACUUAGUUAGGAGGGGUGGUCUUAUGAUCUCUUCCUGUUUGCCCUAGCAUGUUGAUGUGGUGUCACAGUCCAUCGUCCAGUCCUUGUCUUCGCUUCUCUGAUGCUUCUGAUUUCACUUAUGACUUUGUGUUUGUUAAUCAAUACCAGGAGGUUUGGGGUUUUUUUGUCGUCUGUGCUGCCGGUCGGGGCAUCGGAAAGACCACCGCCCACGUUUCUUUAGUACUGUUCAACAAAGAGAAUC